GCCCGGGGUCCGGCGAGCCCCGGGGCGUGCGGGCGGCCGGCGCUGUGCCCGGCGGCGCAGGGCGAGGGCCGCGGGGCGGGCGCGCCGCCGCCGCCGCUCCCGGUGCCUCCACUCGGGCGGCUCCUGGCGGCGGCGGCGCUCCGAGCCCCUCCCGGCCGGCGGGAGCGGCGGCGGCGGGGCCCGAUGGCGAGACCCGGCGCUGCGUGCCCUCCGCCCGCCCGCCGGGUGAUGGUGGCCGCACGGGCGCUGCUCUUCUGGGCGUUGGUUUACAGCUACUGCGGGGUGUGCGCCUGCAUCGCCGGGCUGCGGCUGCUCUGGAGCAUCGGCCGGCGGCCGGGCGAGACCUUCCGCUGGGUGGUGCGGGAGAACCCCCCCGCCUGCCUCAACGACCCCUCCCUGGGCACCCACUGCUACGUCCGCAUCAAGGAUUCAGGGUUACGAUUCCACUAUGUGGCUGCUGGAGAAAGGGGCAAACCACUCAUGCUGCUGCUUCAUGGCUUUCCAGAAUUCUGGUAUUCUUGGCGCCAUCAGUUGCGGGAAUUUAAAAGUGAAUAUCGAGUUGUGGCCCUGGAUUUGAGAGGUUAUGGAGAAACAGAUGCUCCUCCUCACAAAGAAAAUUACAAGUUAGAUUGCCUGAUAGCAGACAUAAAGGACAUUUUGGAAUCUCUAGGAUACAACAAGUGUGUGUUGAUUGGCCACGACUGGGGAGGAAUGAUCGCUUGGUUAGUGGCCAUAUGUUACCCUGAAAUGGUGACUAAGCUGAUUGUGGUUAAUUUCCCUCAUCCUUCUGUAUUUACAGAAUACAUUCUACGACAUCCAUCACAAUUGAUUAAAUCUGGUUACUACUUCUUUUUCCAAAUGCCAUGGUUUCCUGAAUUCAUGUUUACACUAAAUGAUUUCAAGGUUCUGAAAAGUUUAUUUACCAGCCAAGCCACUGGAAUUGGAAGGAAAGGCUGCAGAUUAACUGCAGAGGAUAUUGAAGCUUAUCUCUAUGUCUUUUCACAACCUGGAGCAUUAACAGGACCCAUUAACCAUUACAGAACUCUUUUCAGCUGCCUACCUCUGCAGCACCAUGAAGUCAUCAUGCCAACCCUGCUGUUAUGGGGAGAAAGAGAUGCAUUUAUGGAAGUUGAGAUGGCAGAAAUUACAAGGAUUUAUGUUAAAAAUCAUUUCAGAUUAACUAUUUUGUCAGAAGCCAGUCAUUGGCUCCAGCAGGAUCAACCUGACAUAGUGAACAAGUUGAUAUGGACCUUUCUUAAGGAAGAGACAAAAAGAAAAAGAGAAUGACUGUUUGUACAUGUUUUAAUGGGUCUAAAUAAAAGCUCUUUGGAUUUAAAACCUAAUUGUUAUCAGGGCCAUAUUUCCAGCCUGCCUUCUAUUUUGAGCUCUGUUAGAGAAGUGUUUUCAUUGUACUGUACAUUUGGACACUAAUCGUACAGCUAAAAGAAAUGAGUAUGAGAAUAUAUGAUACCAACAUUGGUUUUACCUGUAUACUUGUAUUUUGCACAUAAAAACACCUGCCUUAAAAUACAUAUGUAUUUGUACAGAAAGAAAAUCAUGGAAAGUUGCUUGGUUUUGUUUUCUCCCUUGCUUUACAGUUGUAAUGUGUGGUGCCUUUUACAAAUUUAUAAUGAAACAAUAGAGUGGUGCCAUACUGAAGAAAGUCACAAGUUUUCAUUCUAGAUUUGCCUGAAUUUUUUUAAUGUAUUUUACCAUUAAACAGUAACUCUUUUUAUCUAUAUUUUAGCAUACUGAACGAUUGAAAAUUUUCUGGGUACGUUUCUAGUCUUCAAGUGAAUAAUGAUCCGUAUCUUGUUGUAUUGUUGAAUGCAGCUGCUUUGCGCAAUGUGUUUUUCUUUCUUGACUAAAAAAUGGGAAACCUGUACACUCCACAUGUCUGAACAAAAACAAUGGAAAAUUAAGAUAUAAUAUGUAUCAAAUCCACUUCUGUCUAAUAAAAUGCAACUUACAAGA